AUGGCGAGCGCCAAAGACCCUACCAAAGACCCCAAUAUAUUGGAGGCGCCGACACCCGAUCUCGAAUCCGAACACACUAAUCUUGACCCAGGAGAAUAUCUGUAUAAAGCCGACAGAGCAGAGCUCACAGAGCUCACCCCGGUCGAAGCAUUCAAAUGGAAUGUGGAAGGAGACCAGUCGCCUUUUCCGGAGGUUGCCUCUUGUGUGUCCAACAAAGAUGAUCCUACCAUCGCCUGCAAUACUGUUCGGGCCUGGAUAUUGAUGACAAUCUUUGUCAUACUAUUUUCUGGUGUUAAUCAAUUUUUCGGCCUGCGAUAUCCUUCCCUAACAAUUCGCUAUGUCGUCGCCCAAAUUCUGGUUUUCCCAAUUGGACGAGCAUGGGAAAAGCUUCCAAGAUGGAGGGUUCCCCUAGGAAAACUUCCAUUCGACGUCAACCCUGGAAGAUUUACCAUCAAGGAGCACGCCUUUAUUGUUAUUUGCGUAAAUAUCAGCGCUACCACUGCUUAUGCACAAGGUGCCUUGGUGGCGAUCGUCAGCCCUGUAUAUUGGAACCGCGACCUCGGAGCCGGCUUCUCAUUCCUAUAUCUUUUGACAACCCAGAUGAUUGGAUUUGGUCUGACAGGUCUUGCCCGCCGUUGGAUUGUCUACCCAGCUGCCUUGGUCUGGCCUACUUCACUAUCAUCCACUGUGCUUUUCCGGGCACUGCACGAGCCUGAGAGUCGUACUCCGGCAAAUGGUUGGACUAUUAGUCGAUACCGAUUCUUCGCAUAUAUUACGGCAUUUGCAUUUGUCCUAUUCUGGUUCCCAGACUAUAUCUGGACAAGCUUGGGCACUUUCGCUUUCGUGACGUGGAUUGCGCCUGAGAAUCAGAAGGUCAACGCGAUAUUCGGAAUGAAUUCCGGCUUAGGUCUGAUACCUAUUAGCAUUGACUGGACGCAAAUCAACUAUGCUGGUUUCCCCCUCAUGACCCCGUUCUAUAUCACAUGCAAUGCUUUUGCUGUGGUCGUGUUCUUUUACCUUUUCUUGUCCCCCAUUCUAUACUACUCUAAUGUGUGGUAUAGCGCAUACCUUCCUCUCCUGUCCUCGGGCACCUUCGACAAUACGGGAAAAUCAUACAACGUAACUCGUGUGCUCGACGCGACCUUAGAUUUCAGCGAGAGAAAUUACAAGGAAUAUUCUCCCAUGUAUAUCUCAAUGUCUUAUUCUCUGACCUAUGGACUGUCUUUCGCUGCUGUUACCGCAAUCGUGGUGCACACUUACCUUUACAACGGCGCUGAAAUCUGGGCCCGGCUCAAGAACGCACAACAUGGAGGCGAGGAUGUUCAUCGUCGAUUGAUGCGCCAAUACAAAGAGGUCCCAGAAUGGUGGUACGGAGUCAUCACAGUGGUGGUGUUGGGACUUGGGAUCUUGACGACCAGAUACUGGGACACGGAGCUCCCAGUCUGGGGCUUUAUCGUGAUUUGCUUCGGAUUGGCGGCGCUACUAAUUGUCCCUGAGGGUAUUCUGCAAGGAACGACAAACCAGCGCGUGUUUCUGAACAUAAUUAUGGAGAUGAUUGCCGGAUACGCCUGGCCCGGAAAGGCCAUCGCUAAUCUGAUGGUGAAAUGCUAUGGCUAUAAUGCUGUGAAACAUGGCAUGGAUUUUGCUCAGGAUUUGAAGCUCGGACAAUAUAUGAAAAUUCCUCCGCGUGUUCUGUUUUUCGGUCAGAUUUAUGCUAGUCUUCUAGCUACAGCAACUCAAACUGGAGUCUUACGAUGGAUGAUGGGACACAUUUCUGACCUUUGUAAACCAACUAACAAACAACGUUUCACAUGCAAUGAUGCCAAAGUGAUGUACAACGCUUCCUUGAUUUGGGGCACUAUCGGUCCGCAGCGGAUGUUCCAGUCUGGGCAAGUGUACAAUGGCCUUAUGUACUUUUUCCUUAUUGGGCCCGUUGUUACUGUCCUUGUCUACCUUAUUUACCGCCGCUACCCCAAUAGCUGGGUUCGCUAUAUCAACGUUCCGAUUUUCUUUAAUGCGGCUGGUAAUAUUCCUCCAGCAAAUACCACCCAAUACUCCCUCUGGUUCAUCGUCGGCUUUUUGUUCAACUACCUGAUCCGCAAGCGUGCGUUUGACUGGUGGAAGCGUUAUAACUAUUUGCUCCAAGCAGCGAUGGAUACUGGCACUGCUAUCGCGACGAUCAUCAUUUUCUUCGCGCUGGGCUACCACGCUAUCACCUUCAACUGGUGGGGAAACACAGUGGGAUCUAAUACGGCCGAUGCCCGUUCCGUCCCUUGGUUGACUGUUCCCAAAGGAAGCUUUUUCGGAAAAGGGCCUGGCGAGUUUUGA